UUAACUAAGUAUGAUUUGGUCAAUAUGCUGCUCUGUCACAAUGGUUAAACUCAAAUGUUUUGCUUUAUAUUGUAGACUCUACUUAAUUUUUUAGCAUACAGUAAAAUGAAUAAUACUGGUUUUUACCAAAUCAAAAUAACAAGAAGUUCACUAAACUUACAAAAAGUAGUUGGAAAAUGUUGCCUUAAUUUUUUUGAGUUGAAUCUAAGUAACAGUUUUUACAGUGUGCUUUUCCUGCUAUAAAGCUGAUUUGUGUUACCUGUGUCACCUGCCCUGCUUCAAAAACGACCUUCUUCUUACAUAACUAAAGUCAUUGCUGUUGAAAUUUUCCAGAUACUUACUCAAACCGUGCUGCCCUUUGUCAGCAAAAUCUGGGCCACGAGUCAUGUGUUGUGAAGUAUGGUCUGCAUAAUUAUUUUGUUUAAUGAAUGAUAUUAAUCUACUUAUCAUACCUUUAGCAGAACCUUUCAUUAAAUGGUGUAGAUGAAAGCAAUUUAACCUCUAGAUUUAUAUAAACUUUUUGAACAGCUUGUGUAGGGAAAGGAAAGAAGUCAAAACAAAUUUUCUGGUGUCUAAUUGAUGCAAUAAAACAAAAUAUGGUUUAAUUCAGGGAAAGGAUUUAAAACACAACAUACAAGUACAAAACCUAAAAUAGCAUACAACAGGUGAAGCAGUUAAUUACAAAGUAUCGUCACAUUUCCAUGUGACACCAAGAAAUUGUGGCAGUUCAAAAAAUGUCUAUCAAUUCAUUUUAAAUACCCGUUUGUCCAAUGCAGGGCCGUGGGGGUCUGGAACCCAUCCUGGAGUCUGUGGGUGUAAGAAAGGGAAUUAAAGUCAUCAAGCAACUUAAAUUUACUUAUCCACCAAUAUUCUUCAUUGGUUUGUGGUCAAGGCAUGGAUAUACUGUAAAGGAAUGAGCCAAAAGUUCUAUUUAAAAAUAAUUUGAUUUGUAAAUACUGUCCAUAUUAAUGAAAGCUAAUUCUGUGUAUAUAUUGAAGUAGCCACCUCCCUCAAAGAACUAGGGGCUUUCCUUCUUGAAGAACGGUUCAAAAUCCCACUACCCACGGGAGUCACAUGGCAGCAUUCGAUGAGGGAUCAAAGCUGCCCUGAAGACAAAGUCUGCCUCUACUCCCCAUUACAUCCCUGAUAUGAAUAUAUGUUUAGCUGCUUCCAUUUUUUUGUCUGCCUCUUGUACAUCAUGGGUAUGUGCAUAGUUUGAACGACCUUCGGUGUUGGUGUUAUUUUUGCAGUGUCAACCUCUUGCAUUUCUCUGAAGGGCAUACGUACUAAAAUUAUGGGUACAUCAAAGAGGCAACGGUAAACAUGAUAAAAAUCAAACACCUCUGUUUUUUUGGAAAGUCUCACAGUAAGUAUAAAAUUGUGCCACAGCCAAAAUAAACAUUACACUUGAAAAACUAGAAGAUUACAUGGCUGAUGGGGAGUAUUUAAGGAGAAAGGCACCACCAAUUGCUGUACAGAGGCAAACAUGACCAAGCUACUGGGAUUUGCUGCUUUGGCUCUCCUGUUGCAGGUGCAGCUGGGAUCUUCCUACAUCCUGUCCUGUUACUUCACCAACUGGGCACAGUACAGACCGGGAGCUGGCAAGGUCUUCCCCAACCAAGUGGACCCAUGUCUCUGUGACCACCUGAUCUACGCCUUUGCCAACAUGAACGACAACGAGAUUGCCCCUUACGAGUGGGAUGACGUGAAGCUCUACAAUGAGUUUGCGGCCCUGAAGAACCAGAACAGCCAACUGAAGAACCUCUUGGCUAUUGGUGGCUGGAACUUCGGGACAGCAAAGUUCCAUGCCAUGGUGGUCAGUGCUGCUAACCGCCAGACCUUCAUCAACUCCGUGAUUGUAUUCCUGAGGCAGUACGAAUUUGACGGCAUUGACAUUGACUGGGAGUACCCCGGAUCCAGAGGUAGUCCUCCUGAGGACAAGGGCCUCUUCACCACUCUGGUCCAGGAAAUGUUGGCUGCCUUUGAGGCUGAAGGUCAGAAGACCAACCGUCCCCGUCUCAUGUUGACUGCUGCUGUGUCUGCUGGCAAGAGCACCAUCGACAGUGGAUACGAGAUCGCCGAGAUUGGAAAGGUUCUGGACUACUUCCAUGUCAUGACCUAUGACUUCCAUGGAUCAUGGGAGCAACAAACUGGUGAGAACAGCCCCCUCUACAAGGGACCUGCUGACCAAGGUGCUUACAUCUACUUCAACAUGGACUAUGCCAUGAACUACUGGAAGAGCCAGGGUGCCCCUGCUUCCAAGCUUCUGGUUGGCUUCGCCACCUAUGGCCACACCUUCAGGCUGACAAGCUCUCAAACUGGAGUUGGUGCCCCUGCGAGUGGCCCUGGACCUGCUGGACCCUACAGCAGACAGAGUGGUUUCCUGGCCUAUUAUGAGAUCUGCACCUUCCUGAAGCAGGGAGCCACUGAGGCCUGGGAUGCACCCCAGGAGGUCCCAUACGCCUACAACACCCAGAACAUCUGGGUUGGCUAUGACAAUGUGAAGAGCUUCAACAUCAAGAUUGACUGGCUGAAGCAGAACCAGUUCGCAGGUGCCAUGGUGUGGACUGUUGAUCUGGAUGACUUCAGUGGCACUUUCUGCGGCCAGGGCAAAUACCCCCUGAUCACCAGCCUGAGGACCGGCCUUGGCACUGCCCAGAGCUGCACCCCCCGUAAGGUUCCCCUGCCCCCUGUUUCCAAGGCUCCCCCUACAGUUCCUCAGGUUCCAGGAGGCGGCGGCAGCAGCAGUGGUG